UAUAAAGAAGCAACUUGUUUCUUCCUCCAUAGAUAUCUUAUCAAAACCAUUGUUGUAAUAGUACUAUCUUUAACCUCUCUUUCACAUCUCUGUCAUGGCUUCAUCUUCUUCUUCCUCUUCUCGCGUAACGAGAUACCAUGUUUUCCUGAGCUUUCACGGUCCAGAUGUCCGUAGACGGUUUCUCAGUCAUUUACGCAAUCAAUUAGCAAGCAAAGGGAUCACAACGUUCAACGACCAAGAGAUCGAGAGAGGCCAUACGAUCGGACCUGAACUUGUACAAGCAAUUAGAGAGUCGAGGGUCUGGAUCGUUCUUCUCUCAAAGAAUUAUGCUUCUUCGAGCUGGUGUUUAGAUGAACUACUUGAAAUCUUGAAGUGCAGAGAAGAUCAGGGUCAGGGUCAGAUGGUGAUGACUGUUUUUUAUGAUGUUGAUCCGUCCCAUGUGCGGAAACAGGAGGGAGAGUUCGGAGACGCAUUUAAGAAAACUUGUGAAGGGAAAACAGAGGAAGAGAAGCAAAGAUGGAGCAACGCUUUGUCAUAUGUAGCAACCAUAGCUGGAGAACACUCUUUGAAUUGGACUGAUGAAGCAGACAUGGUUGAAAAGUUGGCCACAGAUGUGUGGAACAAACUGAAUAUUACACUGUCAAGGGAUUUCGACAAGAUAGUGGGACUGCAAGCUCACUUGAGCAAACUGAUCAGUUUGUUAUGCUUGGAGUGUGAUGAUGUGAAGAUGAUUGGGAUUUGGGGUCCUGCUGGAAUUGGUAAGUCCACAAUCGCUAGAGCUUUAUUCAAUCAUCUUUCUGGUGAUUUCCGACUUAGAUGCUUUAUGGGGAACCUCAAGGGAAGUUAUAAGAGCAUAAUGGGUGUUGAUGACUAUGAUACCAAGUUGGGUUUACAAAACCAGCUUCUAUCUAAGCUUUUCAACCAAAGGGAUAUUCGGGCACAUCAUUUAGGUGCCAUAAAAGAAUGGCUACAAGAUCAAAGAGUGCUUAUCAUUCUUGAUGAUGUAGACGAUCUAGAUAAACUAGAGAUUCUGGCAAAGGAGCCUUGUUGGUUUGGUUUCAGAAGUCGGAUCAUCAUUACCACGGAAGAUAAAAGUAUUUUGAAGGCGCAUAGGAUUAAUGAUACGUACCACGUGCAUUUUCCAUCACCAGAAGAAGCUUUGGAGAUUUUGUGUCUAUCUGCUUUCAAACAAAGUUACGUACGAGAUGAUUUUGAAGUGGUUGCAAAUAAAGUAGCAAAGAUUUGCGGCAAUCUUCCGCUAGGCCUUUGUGUUGUGGGUUCAUCUUUGCGUGGGGAGAGCAAGGAAGAGUGGGAGCUUCAGCUAUCUAGGAUCGGAACUAAUCUUGACAGAAAGAUUGAGGACGUGCUAAGAGUGGGAUAUGAUAGGUUGUCGAGAAAAGAUCAAUCUCUGUUUCUCCACAUCGCAUGCUUCUUCAACCAUAGUUUUUACUAUGAUAAUUAUACUGUUGAUUAUUUGACAAGCAUGCUCGCUGACAGCAAUUUGGACGUCGAGAAUGGGCUGAAGACCCUAGCCGUCAAAUCUCUUGUGCAAAUCGAUACCAAUUUUCAUAAGGUAGUGAUGCACUCAUUGCUCCAACAGCUGGGUAGACAAGUAGUUCAUGAACAGUCAGAUGAGCCUGGAAAACGUCAGUUUUUAGUAGAACCCGAAGAGAUUCGUGAUGUUCUAACAAAGGAAACAGGCACUGGAUCGGUCAUAGGUAUAUCAUUUGAUAUGUCUACUAUGGGUGAAGUGUCUAUAAGUGGGCGAGCCUUUGAACGAAUGCCUAAUCUUCAAUUCUUAAGGAUCUAUUAUUACGGAUGGAAACUUGUAAAUGGUGAUACACUGAGAAUAGCAAAGGACAUGAAGUAUCUACCUCAUCUAAAGUUACUUGAUUGGGAUUCUUACCCAAGAAAACAUCUGCCUCCAAAGUUUCAGCCAAUAUGUCUCGUUGAGAUUUCGAUGCGAGAUAGCCCCCUUCUCGAAAAGCUAUGGGGUGGAAUGAAGCACCUUCCAAAUCUCAAGAACAUAGCUCUGGACAAUUGCUGGAGGUUGAAAGAAAUCCCAAAUCUUUCCAAGGCUACUAAUCUCGAGACACUAUCACUUUCGUCUUGCAAAAGUUUGGUGGAGCUUCCCUCUUCUAUUCGGAAUCUACACAAACUGAAAAAGUUAAACAUGAGCUACUGCAAAAGGCUACGAGUUAUUCCCACCAACAUCAACUUAGCAUCUCUUGAGGAAGUCAACAUGAGUAGUUGCACACAGUUGAGAACGUUUCCAGACAUUUCUAGCAACAUCAAAUAUCUUUAUGUGGCAAACACAAAGAUAGAAGAUGUUCCUCCAUCCGUUGUUGGACGUUGGUCUCGUCUUAACAGGCUUCAGAUGGGCAGCAGAAGGAUCAAGAGAUUAGCACAUGUCCCGCUAAGUGUGACGGAUCUAGUACUAAGCAAGAGCGAUAUAAAGAGGGUUCCAGAUUGUGUCACUGGUCUCCCUUGUCUUGAGUCUCUUACCAUCGGCAACUGCAGAAAGCUGGUGUCACUGCAGAGUCUCCCGCCUUCGCUUCGGAAACUCGAUGUAUUUGAUUGUGAAUCACUCAAAAGCGUAUGUUUCUCGUUCGAUGAACCAAGAGCACAUGUUACUCUCAACCGCUGCAAAUCGGAGAAAGACGCAAGAGUAUCUUCUUCUAUCUACCAUCCAACCAGAGAAGUCAUGUUCGUCAACUGUUUGUCACUAGAUGAAGAAGAAAGAAGAGCAAUCAUACAACGAUGGGAUUACAAGUGUUUAGUGUUACCAAGUAAACAAGUCCCUGCAGAGUUUACUCACAAAGGCAAAAACAACUCCAUAACCAUCUCUUCAACGACUUUCUCUGCAUCAUCAAGAUUUAAGGCUUGCCUCCUGCUUUCUCUAACUGAUCAGGCCUUGGUCGACACUUCAGGUUUUUGUCGUCUAAAAAGCAAAGGGGUUCUCAUCAAGGAAUUUAGAUACGCUGUUGGGUAUUUCCAACUCUUAACUGAACACCUGAUAGUAUUUUCUGGGGACCUAUUUGAAGAACACAGAUGCCUUGAGUCUGAUGCGACUACCAGCGACAUUAUAUUUGAAUUCAGUGGCAGCAGGGAAAACUUUGACAAGAAUACUGAUUAUAUGAUUCUUGGGUGUGGUGUACAGAUCUUGGCAUAGGAAGGUGAGAGUAGCAGCAGCAGAUUAAAAGAGCACAAGGAUGGAGCCAUUGAGGUCUCUAGAGAUAAAAGUGUGGUAAAUACGGUUGGUGGAGUUGUCCUAAGAAGCUUGGUCUGAGGAAAAAAGAAGACAUACCGUGAAAUUUCAUGAGCGUGACCAUUUUCCGACCGUUUUCCAAUUUUUGUCAUCAGUCAAAACGGUCCAUUUCCGACCGUUUUCCAACGGAUAGGGCCGUCAGAAGAUACUCAUUUUCUUGUAGUGUAUAUUGCUCUUUGGUUUAAUAUACGGAUUACUUGUAAACUAGGAUAAGACCUCACUUUGUGCAGAGUGAAUUUUAUGAUAAAUAUUUAAAAUAUAUAAUAUUGACAGAUUA